GCUACCUCCCAUCGCCAUGGCCAAAGAGCUCGAAGCUGGGAUACUGCGACCCUCUUCCAGAAGUGGAGCGACGAUGGGUGAGCGCGCAUUCAAGGGCGUUGGGGACCUCAUCAAGCUCCUCCCCACCGGCACCGUCUUCCUUUUCCAGUUCCUCAGCCCGCUCCUCACCAACGCCCAACUCCUGACCCAACUCGCCCCCCGGCGCCCGUCCCAAGCCCGUCCCGUGCCCCGCCGACCAGGCGGCUGGGCGCGCGCGCCGCCGCCUGUUCGGGCAGGUGGCGCGCUGCUGGAUAACAACACGGCUUCGUGCUUUUAUCCGGCGUUGCUCGUGGAGGAGAAGACGCUGGUGACGGUGCUGCCGCCGGUGAUCGGCGCAGUCGCCGGUGUCGUCUUCAUGCUCUUUCCCAACAAUAGGCAUGGAAUUGGAUAUCCACCGAAUGGCACUGCUGCUGCUAAAUGAAGGAAUUGAAACAGAGCUAGGGGAAAAAAGUGUAGAAGUUUGUUUGAUCAGAUUUAUUUUAUAUGUCACUCAAAAAAUGAUUUGAUUGUGUGAUCAAAACAAAAACUUUUUACAAUUCAAUUUAUUAUGAUUAUUGAU